ACGCUGCUUAAUUUAAUUUCCUUUAUAUUUUCAUUUGCUAUAUUGGUGCUGACUGGGAAGACCUACAUAUUUGUUUCACAGAAUGAUGCAGAACAGAGAGGACAAACCCAGCCUUCUGCUCUCCUUUCAUCCUGAGCCCAAACAAGAGUCACUGGGUCCUGAUUAUAACUGUGGCUCACAGUGAGCGCUGGAGGAUCCAGAGAUGGCAUCUGUGACAUUGGAAGACUGCAAUGAAACACAGGGACUUAUUGUCAUUAAAGUUGAAGAGGAGGAGGAGGAAAUUGGAGAUUUAGUUCAUGCAGAUAGUCCUGAAGUGGACAAUACUGGAGAGCAACAGCGCAAAGACUACAAAGAAAAGGGACCUCACCACUGCCAUCACUGUGGAGAAAAAUUCUUACUUUUAUCAAUGCUCAACAGACACAUGAACAUACAUACCAGAGAAAAGCUUUACUCUUGUUCUGACUGUGCCAAGUGUUUCACUGAACCUGGCAAACUCAAAAGACAUCAGCUAAUACACAACGGAAUUAAACCCUACUCCUGUUCUGACUGUGGGAAGUGUUUUAUUACGGCCACUGAUCUUACAAUUCAUCAGAGAGUACACACAGGAGAGAAGCCUCAUCAUUGUUCGGACUGUGCAAGGAGUUUCUCUCAACUUAGUUCCCUCAAAAGGCACCAACGAAUACAUACAGGAGAGAAACCAUACUCCUGUGGUGACUGUGGGAUGAGCUUUACAGCAUCAACUAUACUUAUUAAUCAUCAGAGAGUGCACACAGGGGAUAAGCCUCAUCACUGCUCUGACUGUGGAAAGAGUUUCUCUCAGUUAGGUUCACUCAGAAGUCAUCAGCGAAUACAUACCGGUGUGAAACCUUACUCCUGUGGUGACUGUGGAAAGAGUUUUUCUCAUCUUAGUUCCUUAAAAAAUCACCAGCGAAUACAUACUGGUGUGAAACCUUACACCUGCCCUGAAUGUGGGAAGAGCUUUACAACAUCAGGUAACCUAACAGUCCAUCAGAGAGUGCACACGGAAGAGAAAGCCUUCAUCUGUUAUGAUUGUGGAACAUGUUUCAUUACAUCAUCUGAUCUUACUAUUCAUCGGAGGGUGCACAGGAGAGAAUCCUUAUAACUAAUCUGACUGAGAGAACUAAGUUGAGAGAAUUUUUUAAAUUGCAGGAAAUAGUUCUGGGAAGCAACACAAUAAUUACUUUUUCAGUGGAAAGAGAAAUGGUAAAGAAAACAAUUUAGUGUUCAAUAAUGGAACCAUUAUGUUCAAAUCUUGACAACAAAAAUGCUGAAUGUGAAACGAGAUGGCUAGAACAGUUUCUGACCUCACCACUACAUAGUGUAAAGCAGGGGUUGGCAUCCCAGUUUCAGGAAAGUAUGCAGCAUUGCAAGACCAGGUGUUUUGAAUUUAGGACAACACAGAACUGAUUAGAAGUCCAUGAUAAAAACAUUUAUGGGACACCUAUUCAGUUGUCUGUUUGACACGCAUGGCCUACUGAUCUUGUUUCAAAUUUGACAAGAUGCUAUCGUGUGCACUGUUCUGAAGUUUGAGGUCACUAAGAAAUGUCCUUGUUUUCCAUGAAAACACAUAACAUUUGUUUGAAUUGUAAAUAUGGCCAUUGACAAGGAUAGAAAUAAUGAUUUUUAAUUGAAAUAGUAAUUGUGUCCUUCAAACUUUGCUUUCAUCAAAGAAUCUGCAGCAAUUACAGCCUUGCAGAACUUUGGUAUUCUUGUUGUCCAUUUGUUAUCUGUUGUCCAUUUGGUAAUCUGAAGAGAUUUCACCCCACCACUUCCUGAAACACAUUCCAUGAGUUGGAUAGGCUUGUUGGGCACAUCUUGAAUACCCUAUGGUAAUGCUCCUCCCACAGCAGCUUAAUAAGGUUAAGAUCUGGUGACUGUGCUGGCCACUCCAUUAUAGACAGAAUACCACCUGACUACUUCUUCCCUAAAUAGUUCUUGGAUAGUUUGGAGCUGUGCUUUCAAGCCCUGUUUACAGGGUAUGGCAUGACAUUGCAAAAGGGAAUGAUAGCCUUUCUUCUUCAAGAUCCCUUUAACCCUGUACCAAUCUCCCACUUCACCACCACCAAAUCAUCCCCAGACCAUCACAUCGACCCGACUAUGCUUGACAGAUGGCAUCCAGCACCAGCAUCUUUUCAUAUGUUCUUUUUCUGUGUGAUCCGAACACCUUAAACUUAGAGGUUUGUCUGUCCAUAAAACUUUUUCCUAAUGUU